AUGGAAAAUUCACAAUACGGUACAUGGGCAGAACUUUUCAAAAUUCAUGCUCGUUCUCACAAGGUCCUUCGUCACAUCAUUCCUCCACCCAAAGGUAAGGAGAAGCCGGCUUCCAAAACUGAUGAGGAAGUUGAAUUAUGGACCACCAUUGACGCCACUGUGCUUCAAUGGAUUUAUUCGACAAUUUCGAAUGAUCUGUUAAACACUAUCAUCAAACCAGACGCUACUGUCAUGGACGUUUGGGAUCGCUUGCGUGAUAUCUUUCAAGAUCAUCAAACUUCUCGUGCGGUGACUCUUGAACAAGAAUUCACGACGACUCGUAUGGAGGAUUUUCCCAAUGCCUUCGCCUAUUGUCAACAUCUCAAGAGCCUUGCCGAUCAACUGAAAAACGUCGGGGCUCCAGUGACGAAUAGCCGCCUUGUCCUUCAACUGGUCUCGGGUCUCACUGAAGCGUACAAAGAAGUUGGGACACAAAUUCGCCAUGCAAAGUCGCUCCCCCUAUUCACUGAGGCUCGGUCUUCCCUUUUUUUGGAAGAACGUGAACUUGCGGCUAUAGUGUCUCACGGGUCUGGUUCGGCUAUGGUGGCCUCGAUCGACGACGCGCCACUCCCCUCAGACAACACAAACUCACGCCGAGGGAAAUCAAAAAAUUCCCGCGGCCAAAAUUCUGGAACUGGCUGUAAAGGGGGCUCGGGCCGCGGCUCAGGCAGCGGCAAAGUCACCGGUGGCCACGAUAAUUCUGCUCGAAGCAGCGGCGGUCAGCAGCAGUGGACUACCGGCAGUGGCGGUCAGCAGCAGUUUGGCCACUGGUAA